GUGCCGCAGCCAAUCUUUAAAAUAUGACCUUCAAUUAGGGUAGCUCAACUCACGCCUGAAAUACUUUGAUGGCGUUGCUUUUUUAUGAACAUUUAAAUCGUGUCCCAGCCAAGAAAAUCAAAAUUUCGGGGACAUUCACAACUACUCCUAUCAUUAUUGACAAUGGAAAUUAUGAGUGUCGUGCCGGUUAUUCACAUCUUGAAGAACCUCAUAUAACUUUCCCAAACGUAGUGUACCGUCCAAGAAUGUCGAAAGGUGUUCUUGUCGGGAAUGACAUUCAAGAUCUGGAGUCUGUACGUCAUAGCCUGAAGUCUCCGUUCAUGGACAAUCUUGUCGUUAAUUUAGAUGUACAAGAACAGGUACUGAGCCAUGUCUUCGACAAGCUCAAUGUCCAAGAGCCGCUUACUAAUCCUGUUGUUAUUAAUGAAGUAUUAUGCAAUCCCGGAGUAUGUAGAUCUCGCAAGUUAUUGUUUAUUUCUUAAUUUACGCAGAGCUAACUGAGCUACUGUUUGAAACCUACAAUGUCCCAAAGCUGAUGUUCUACGUUGACUGUCUUGCCUCCUACUAUAACUUUCAACGUUUUGAAAAUACCGGUAAACUGAAUGCAACUUUAUUGGUUCCUCCUGUUUUACAUUUUUUAUUUAGUGGUUCAAAAGAGCUGAAAGUUUAUACCUUCAUUUUGAAAUCGUAUUAAUCACUUGGUGGCCCUUGGUUGUGGGACGAAUUUUCAAUAUCUUUUUUUAUUCGUGACAUUACUAAUUACCAUCGUUUCUUUUCGACAAUUCGUUAUAAGAAUCUUUCCGAGAUUGAGAUAUUGGAUCGAAACCGAAAAUUCUGUACUUCCGUACAUAGUUCGGACAAGUAACCUUCAACUUAAUCCCACGAUCAACUUUAUCAACUGUAAAGUUUUCGCAUUUUCUCUAGCAGUUAAUACUCACUAGAGCAGUUUAUAACCCGAAAUUUUUACCACGUGGUUUUGCCAUUAAUGUUCGUGCUGUUCCACAAAUUUAGUUCUGUUUUAUUGGUUGAAUUAGUUCGUCCCAAUACCCAAGUUCUGGUAAAUUUUGGGGAAACCUCCGAAGUCAAAUAACCUUCACCAAAGUUUGGGGAAAAACCCUAAAUUUAGGGAAAUUUUGGGGGUUUUGGUGCCCUUUCCCCAAAGUUUACGAUAGCGGCUUCACCAAAAUUGGGAGCUCGGGGUUACUCAAAUGAUUUUUUGCAAAUAUCUUUAAUAAACUGCUUGUAAUCUUUUUGUACUUCCACUUGGUGUCUAUUUGAGAACCUCAAAAUCGAACAAUAUACUUGUCCUUUGGUAGGAAUAUUUCACCUGGGCUUUCAUUCAUAGUGGUCAGAUGUUGAACGAGGUCUUUGCAUUUACACUGAAUUUUUCGGGUUAUCAACCGAUUAGUUUUGAGACAAUUCGUAUAUGCUAAGUGGCAGACGUAUGUACUGGUCGUAACUAUGUUUAAAAUAGGUACCUGUGCGAACAAAUCCUGAUGUCUCAUCACUUGGUUAACAAUUAUUCAAGAUGCUAUGAUAGCUCCAUAACUUAUACUACACGAUAGAAUUCUUAACUUUCGUUACUAUCUCCUGUUGAACUCUAUUCAUAAAAAUUAAGAACUUUCCAUGUUUUUGUAAUUUCAUUUUGCUAUCAUAUCUGAGAAAAUUGGACUUGUUUGAUAGAUUGCGGGACUAUUUCCUGGCGUUCACCAGUCAGAUUUAUGUUUCUCAUCACUAAUUGAAUGCUCGAGAUUCAUAAAUAAAAUUUUCUUCAUUUAUUUAGAUCCAAACGCUAACUGUCUCCUUAUAUCUUUUGGAUAUCAGAGAACUCAUAUCAUCCCCAUUAUCUCAUUCCGUAAUACAGAUACACCAUUAGUUUUUAAACCUUUGAUACAAGCCGCUCGUCGUCUCCACACAGGAGGAGCUCAUGCAAGCUGGAUGAUCCAGCGUUUGCUUCAGUUAAAAUAUCCUUCUCAUUCGGAACGUAUUACUACGGGACUAGCUGAGCGAUUGGCUCAUUCUUACUGUUGGCUAGCUUCCAAUUAUAGACAAGAAAUGGUUGAAUGGAAGUCUGAUGAAUUUCGUCGAAGUCAUACUGUCAAAGUACAACUUCCAUUUACUAAGCCAUCAACCGAAGACUUGAAAGCACUGGCUGAUCGUAAACGUGCUCAAACUGAACGCUUAUUGAAUGUGCAUCGAAAACGUCAACAGAAACAAUUUGAAUCAACUCAACAGCGCUUAGAUAAUCUUACUAAAGUGGAAAUGUUAAUGAAACAAGGCGAUUCUCCUAUUGUAAAGCAAAUUCUUUCCAACUUAGGUUUGUCAAAAGCGACGGAUUUAAGUCAUGAAAUUAACGCAUGUCAUAGAAUUAUGGAAAAACUACAAAUCCAACUUAAUUCGAGUAAAAUCGAGUCUACGUCAUCUAUCAAAAAGAUUGAAACGAAUAGCUAUGUUAAUGAUAAUCAAAAUGAUGAUGACGGUAAUGAUGAGAAAGAAUCGAUAGAUUUUGAUUCUGUUGAUGAAAGUCAGCAAGAUGGGAAAUUUAAAUCGUCUUAUUCUUAUUUACUGGAAAUGAUAAAUACUGUUUACACAAAUUCAUUUAACACGGUAACUAACGAAUUAACUGGUCGAUAUAAACGUGCUGCUGAAUUAUUAAUCUCUCAAACAUUACCGUCUGCCGUACAAACACAAAUGUCUCUAAAUACAAGUUCAAGUGAUUGGAAGUUCACUGAGGCUAAACUUCGUCAUCGCAUUGAAAUGGCACGAGAAAUCGAAUUUAUAAAUGGUGAAGAUUUUUGUCUGUGGUUAAAUUCACUAAGAGAUCGUCGAGUGUAUGUAUCAAAAAAACGAGCUCAACGUCAAAGUCGCGUAGACUUAGCAACACAAAUAGGCCUUCAUACAAAUGACCAAUUUGAUAUUGGAUCUGACCAAGAUAAUUUUACUAUUCAGUCUAGAUCUACACUUGGUACACAACCAAGUAUUUCUGCUAAUAAUUCUGGACGUAAUGGAUUGAGUAGUGAUUCUACAAAUUCUGGGAUGUAUAGGCCCGAUGAAGAUAAAUAUGAUGAUUCCAAAAAAGUUUUAACAGAACGUCGUCGUAUGCAGCUGGAAAAAAUACGUGCUAUGGCAGCUGAAUUAAAACCAUCAAGAGGUCGUUCUCGAGGAAAUGGACGUGGUAUGCGGUCGGGUGCCGUAUCUCGUGGGUCUUUAAAACCACGUGGCCGUUGUCGAAGUUUACGUACUGAGAAUGACAGUCGUGUUCCUUCUCUGGAAAUAAAUCUUGUUACUGAUGAAAACGACACAUUAGGCGAUGAAAAUUCUGAUUUACUGGGUUUCGACGAUUCAAUGGAAAUGGAACAGAAUAACUCUUCAAAUAGUUUGAAUCGUCUGUGGGAUCCUGAUGCUGAUGAAUAUACAAACGAAGAUUCCAGUCUCUCCAUUGUCACAAAAAAGACUAACGUCAUAUCUGAUUAUCGUGCUGAUAAUACAGGUGAUGAAAGUGAAAAUGAACGAGAUCAGUUAGCAGUUAUUGACAGUCUCUUGGCACUUUACGAUCCAGAAGCUUCAAAGGACUUAGGAGUUACAGAUUUAAGAGUUGAAUUAGAUCAAUUUUAUCAAAUUCAUGUUGAUACAGAACUAAUGCGAUCUCAUGAAGUUUUAUUUCAGCCAAGUUUUAUGGGUAGUUCAGAAUCCGGUCUCUCUGAUUGUUUAGAGUUUGUACUGCGAGAUACAUCACGUUUACUUGAUAAUUCAUCCGAGUCAAGCUUUCCUCAAAGAAUAUACCUAACUGGUGGCGUUGCUGCUCUACCUGGUCUUGUCGACCGAAUUCGAUGCGAUAUCAGGCCUUUAUUACCUGUUGGAUCAAAAUGGGAUAAUAUUGAAGUUAUUGUAGCUGCUGAUCCUCAUUUGGACGCAUGGCAUGGAGCGCGUCAUUUCGCGAACUCAUUGUAUGCUGAACAGUACUACACAACUAAGCAAAUGUAUGAAGAGUACGGUUCAUAUUAUUUUAAAGAUCAUCCUUUAGGUAAUCGUUAUUGGAUCAAUACAAACUGAAGCAUUGAACAUGCAAAACCUAUUGAUUCCUUGUAGAUAAGAUACCAGUGUACCACUAACUGCAUUCUUUGCUUUAUGUGAAAAAUCUUCCAUAUAUUAGAUGUAAUUAAUUUUCAACAAACACAACUAUCCCAUUUGAAUAAUUUAUGUAUUCUAUUAUAUAGAUAGAUUUCAUAGAUAGAAUUCAGAUCGCAUUUUUCCCUUUUUCAAUUCCAUGGUAUUUUCACAAUCUUAUUUAAUUAAAAAAAAGUAAAAUCUUUACUUCUAUAC